AUGACCUCUACCAUUGGAAUUCCGAUCAAGCUUCUCAACGAAGCAACCCUACUCGAAGCCGAAGACAACAUGAACUGCCAACUCAGAGACAUCACCGUCACAGCAAGGGAUGGCCGCGUAUCACAUCUGGACCAGGUCUACAUCAGAGGAUCGCACGUCCGAUACUUUAUCGUUCCGGACAUGUUGAGAAAUGCGCCCAUGUUCAGAGCAAGAAAUGUCCGUGGAAGAGGUGUCGGUCUGGCCAGAGGUCGUGCUACCGUCAACAGAGCCAGAGGCCAAAGAGGUGGACCCCGUGGAUAA